UUGUUAUAUCUAUGUGUAAAUGUUCAUUAUCCAUCGCAUCCAUCAGUCUAACAGCGUUUGAUACUGUCCAGCCGUUAAGAUGUCCAGCGGUUUCUGCUCGUGCGUCUCCUAGCCGUUAGCUAGCUCGCUAUCCACCUAGCAUGUGCAUUUGAGUCAUUUUAAACAGGACGCGUAUUCUGAAGUUGACGUGAAAACCGUCUGGUGAAGUGACUAGAUCGCAUGGCUCAUGGUGCUUCUCACUGUGCUGUCUAAUCAUGAGUGACAGCGGGUGAUCAGCUCAAGACUUUUGCCUCGAUGUUGCGCCUGAUCACAACGUCCUUGUGUCUCCGGUGCCAGCGUGUUACAGCUCUGCCUUUAAACCUGAGGCCAUGUGUGACGCUGAACUCAGCAGAGAACCAACAGACUGUGGAUGCUCUGUAUGACCUGUCUGUGGACCUGCAGAAGGUCCGGAAACUCAAGGGCUGGGUUCUCCGUCAGACUCCGGCCUAUACUAACGAAGUGGCUGAGCUGCUGAAGGACAUGGGGGCCUCAGGAUCGACGGUUGCUCAAAUAUUUUCAGUUCAUCCCGAAGCGGUUCUCUGUCACCCAGAGCAGAUGCAGACCCAGACGGAGCUGUGGAUGUCUGUGUGUCCGAACCAGAAAGCGCUUCUUGGUUUCAUUGAGAAAUUCCCAGCGUCCUUCUUCACUUGCUCCAGUCACAAUGAGAACCAACGGUACAACAUCGCUUACUUUCAGAGCUUACAUCUCAACAAUCGGAUCAUCGCCAAACUCAUGGCCAGCACGCCCCAGAGCUUCACCUGUCCAGUGGAGCAGAACAAGGCGAUGGUGCGCACCCUCCAGCAGGCGUACCAGGACCUUGGAGGGGAGGAGGAUAAUAUGAAGAUCUGGCUGCAGAAGCUGCUGAGCCAGAACCCCUUUGUCCUCCUCAAGCCACCAGAGGUGUUGAGGGAGAACCUGCUUUUCCUCAAAGACAAGGGCUUCAGCACAGCAGAGCUCCUCCAACUUCUCUCCAAGCUCAAGGGCUUUGUUACUGAGCUGAACCCCCAGAGCAUGUGUCGCUCCUUGCACUACUCCCAGAACACUCUAGGCUGCUCUGAGGCACAGCUGCGGGACAUCAUCCUCCACUGCCCCGCUGUGCUUUACUACCCCGAAUCAACUCUGGCUGAGCGCGUUAAAGGCCUCCUCCGUGCAGGUGUCAUCAUGUCCCAAAUCAUAGACACUCCAACUGUUCUGGAGCUGAACACACAGAUAGUAAAUCAUCGAAUCCAGCGACUGCGGGAGCUCGGUUAUGACAUAAGGACAGGAAGUCUCAAGGUGUUAAACGGCACCAAGAAGGACUUUGAAAUGAGCUGUGGAAAACUUCGGCUGCGUAGAGAGCGCCCUCUUUUUAACCCGGUUGCUCCUUUAAAAGCAGAUGAAUGACAAGGUUACAUGGACUAAUACAAGAAUUAAAGCUGCUGGAUGUAAAAGGUUGUUGUCAGGUCCUAUAAGUCUCCAGACUUUCUAAUCAGAGUUAUGUAUUCAUAGCAUUAUAUGUUUAAAUUGGCCAAUUACAGUGAUGCCCUUUGAAAUUGAUGCUGUAUCUUGACAGUACAGAAGAAUUAACAAUAGAUGUGAAGUCUGACCUAGAUUCAGAUCUCUACACAGAGCAGGUGUGAGGAAGACACACUCAGGCAAAACAACAAAGAAAAUAAUUAGUUUGAAUUUCCUUCCUGCUGCCAACAUCCAGCAAUGAGGAAUGUGACACUGCUUUUUCACACAGCAUUUAGGAACCUCACGCUAAACACAAAACCGUGAAUCCGAGUGAAAAAAAAAUUUCACAGAAAGCCGUGAUCACACCCUAAGUUCAGCGUUUAUCCGUAAUCAUAAAACACAGGACACUUGCGACGUGUGUGCUGUGGAUUCAUGUGGGAAAAGCUGAGCAGAGGCACGUAACGACCUCCCAGAGCGGUUGAGAAGUGAGGCAAAUGUAUCAGCGUCUUAAUAUGUCAUGCUUUUAGACAAGAUGGAGCCCCUGGCCAGAUACAGAAUUUAUUACAUUUAUUUAAAAGUUUUCCUAAUAACUUCACAUAAAAUGCCACAUGACAUAAGUGCAAUGACAGACGUGCUGACUCGUCUAUCAAGUAUAUUACGAAGUAAAAGUGAGGACAAACAAA